CUGACACAUGCAGCACUGUCGCCUCUUAUUCUUUCUUUUUCCAUGUUGUAACCAACAGAAAGGAUAAACUGCUUCUUUUUCUGCCUCAGAUAUGGAUGAGAAAGCAGACAAGCUGAAGCUACGCUGCGAAGUGGGACUGUUGGGAGGUAUCUCACUCAUUGCUGGUACCAUGAUUGGCUCAGGAAUAUUUAUGUCUCCCCAGUUGGUGCUUCUAAACAUCGGGAGUCCCGGUGCCAGCCUUGUCAUCUGGGCAUGCAGUGGACUACUUGCUAUGCUGGCAUCACUCAGCUAUGCAGAACUGGGCACUAUCAUACGGGAGUCAGGCGGAGAAUACAUCUAUAUCCUGCGUACAGCAGGUCAACCCAUUGCUUUUCUUUUCAUCUUUACCUCUGUGGUGGUAGUGCGUCCUGCUAGCUUGGCAGGAGUAUCACUGAGCUUUGCACUGAAUGCGGUGGCCCCCUUCUACCAGGACUGUCCUCCACCUGACCAAGUAGUGAAGUGUGUGGCUGCUGCAGGCAUACUGCUGUUGGCUGUGGUGAACUGCCUGGAUGUGCGCUCUGCCAUGAAGGUCAUGGUCUUCUUUAUGGCAGCUAAGGUGCUAAGCCUAGCCGUUAUUGUGAUUGGAGGUAUUGUGCUACUUGUCAAAGGGAAUACACUCAACCUUGAGAACUCAUUCAAAGGGACAAAUCUGGAUAUCAGUUCCAUUGGUUUGGCUUUUUUUCAGUGCCUAUGGUCCUAUGAUGGCUGGAACAAUUUGAAUUACGUGACAGAAGAGCUGAAACAACCACAGGUUAAUCUACCGAGAGCUGUGAUGAUUGCCAUUCCCAUGGUAACAAUACUGUAUUUGCUGGUUAAUGUGAGUUACUUGGCAUACCUGACACCACGGGAGAUGAUUUCAUCAACUGCCGUUGCAGUGACAUGGGGGAAUAAAGUCCUGGGAGGCUGGGGAUGGUUGAUGUCUGUGGCAGCAGCACUCUCUGCCUUUGGAUCUCUGAACGGAACAUUCUUCAGUGGGGGGCGGGUGUGCUUCGUGGCUGCCAGAGAAGGGCAUAUGCCAGACAUCCUGGCCAUGGCACAUGUGGAUCGUCUCACACCUUCUCCAGCUCUCAUCUUCACCACUGCCAUCGCUCUCAUUGUGCUGAUUCCUGGGGACUUCCAGAGCAUUGUCAACUUCUUCAGUUUUACAGCAUGGUUCUUUUAUGCGAUAACCCUGUGUGGUCUCCUGUAUCUGAAGACCAAGAGGGCUGAUCUCCCACGGGCUUAUAAAGUUCCCAUCCUGAUUCCCAUCCUAGUCAUUAUGGCCGCCGUCUUCCUAGUCAUUGCACCCAUCAUCGACGAUCCCCAGAUUGAGUAUUUGUACGUCACACUUUUCAUCUUAAGCGGUAUCAUUGUCUAUGUGCCCUUCAUCCAUUUCCAGCUUUUCCCUGGACUGCUGAACAGGAUGACCGUUUUCCUCCAACUUUUUCUUGAGGUCGCCCCAGCUGAAAAAAACUUGUAAUGAAGAAAACCAAAGGCCUGCAAACAAUGAGUGGACUAUCUUGUAAUGACAGGGCAGCAGGUUCUGGAACAUGAGAGACACUUGAAGGAUUUUUGUGCAAAAUUUUCAGAUGAUCAUCAGAAUGGCUAAGAAGCUAGCUGGAAUUGUUUUAAGCUAUCACCUAUUAAACACUUGUGAUUUAGAGAAAGCUGACAUCAACAGAGGUUAUGUCAGCGGACUCUACACAAAAACACAACAUGACUUCCAAAGCUAAUAACAACUAUCAGAAAGGACUAACUACUGCAAUGCCCUCCUGUCUCCCGGAUGUAGCAGUAACUCAAUAAAGAGCCUCUAACUUACACAGUA